GAUACCAUUAUUCCAAAAGACUGAGGGGGGGACUUAACUUCUUAACUUGUUAAAGUUGUUAGUUAUUUUGUCACUGUAGUAUUCACUUAUUUGUGUUAAGUUAAAGAUUAAUUUGUGUCAUUUCUGUUUGUUAAUUAGUUUGUAUGUAUUUUUCUCAUUUGUUGUUAUGUUGUGCCUUCCCCAUUUGAGUCUAGGUUAUUCCACCCCUAUUUAAGUAGUCUUUGUUUUUUGGUCUGGAGGUCAGUUUUGUUUGAGUUUUGUUGCUGUUCAAUUGACCUCAGCUGGGUUGGGCCCAAACUCAUGUCAUUUAUUAUCUGAGUUAUUUUUGUAUUGAAGUUUACCUUUUGUUAACUAUUUUUGACAGUAUUAAAUUGAAGUUUUUCAAAUUUUUGAACACCUUGCUUAAGUCUGGUCCACCACAGUUUGUGUCAGGAGUGGGAUCAGUCAGUUAAGGACAUUGGUGUAUUUUAUUUUUUCCUGGUUUUGACCAUUUUUGCAAUAACUACCUCUGGUUUUUUAUUUUUUUUUUUUUUCUCUCUUGCCUUUUUUUCUCUGAGAGGAAGAAAUGCCUGGAAGAGGACGAACAAGAGGACCCAGCUCUGAUCCAGAUGAAAGAGAUGCUGUUGAGGAAGGUGGAGCUGUUGGUGGAGUGUUUGACAUGGAAGAGAAGGGGAGUGAACCAACACUUUCAGAUUUGGCUAGUCUUCUCAGAGCCCAUCUAGGACAACAGAAGGCCAAGGAGGACUACUGGACCAGAGAAGCUGCUAAGCAAGAACAGAAAUUUGAGGAACUGGAAAAACUGUUCAGCUGGUUUAAAAGUGAGAUUCAAUCUCAGACCACUUCCCCAGUGCGGCCUACACAACCACCUGAUCCUGGACUAGCAGCUUCCCUGCAACACAGUCUAUCAGGUGACCUUCUCUAUGCACAUUCUCCGGCACCUAAAUUACAAAAACGUAGUGAAGAGGAUGACAUUGAACACUUUCUCAUUACUUUUGAAAGAAUGGCUUCUGCCUGCAGGUGGCCGAGAACUGACUGGGCUUUUCACUUAAUACCUCUGCUAACAGGCAAGGCUAGAAGUGCCUUUGUGCAUAUGGAUGUUGAUUUGUCUAUGAUCUAUGACCAAGUUAAACUAGCUAUUUUGCAGAAGUAUGAGAUUAACAGUGAAACCUACAGGCAAAGAUUUCGCUCGCUUCAGGUAGAGCCUGAAGAAACUCCAAAAGAGCUCUACAUAAGGCUGAAGGAGCUUUAUAGUAAAUGGGUGCAACCUAAUGGUAAAACACUGGAACAAAUCAAUGAAAUAAUUAUUCUUGAACAGUAUUUAAGAAUGUUGUCAUCAGAGCUACAGGUGUGGAUAAAGGAACAUAAUCCAAAGACUGCAAAGAAGGCUGCUGAACUGGCUGACGUGUUUGUGGCUGCUAGGAGGAGGAACCUGUCUUGGGCUUUCCAAAGCUGGAAAAAGGAUGGCUGCAAGCAAUCAUCAGCCCAACAGGUUUCAGCUGUGGGUAAGCCCCCUGUGAAAAGAUUUGACACCAAAUUUCAGGGGAAGAAGCCUGUCUGUUACUUAUGUGGACAGGAGGGUCACACCAAACCAAUGUGCCCUCAAAAUGCUGUUAAAUUGUCCCAGAUGUGUUUUGUGUCAAGGGAAGAGACUCAAAAUGCUGGAUCAACGCAGCCAUUAAUGGAGACGUAUGUGAAGCUCAAUGGUCAGACACUGAAAGCACUGAUUGAUACAGGGAGUACACAGACCUUGGUCCAGCAAAGAUGAGGGAGAAGCUGGAGAAGAUAACAUUGGCCCAGGAGCACAUGAAGACCUCUCAGCGUAAACAGAAGACCUGGUAUGACACUGCAGCACGGGAGAGGGGGUUGAAACUGGGUCAAAAAGUGCUUGUUAUGCUGCCUUCAGAGGAUAGCAAGUUGCUUGCCAAGUGGCAAGGGCCUUAUGAGGUAAUGGGGAAAUUGGGACCAACAACAUAUAAAGUCUCUGUUCCAGGUCAAAGCCGCUCCACUCGGAUUCUCCAUGUGAACCUGCUUAAAGAGUGGGUGUCCCGGGACCCAGAGAAAUCUGCCUCUUUUUACAUCCAGAGUACAGGGGAUGAGGAACUUGAGGAGCAAUAUUUUCCUGUUCCAUCACCCUCUCAGCCCAGUUUGGAUCAUCUGUCCAGGGAACAGCAGUUGGAGGUGAGGGCUGUCUGUCCAUUAAAUGUGUUCCAGAAGAAUCCAGGUUAUACUGAUGUGAUAAUGCAUGAUGUUGCCUUAAAAGAAGACGCAGUUCCAAAACGAAUGAGCUAUCGCAUCCCUGAAAGACUUCUGGAACCACUCAAAAAGGAAAUUGAGAUAAUGCUUUCUCUUGGAAUUGUUGAGGCGUCACAGAGCGAGUGGUGCAAUCCAAUUGUCCUCGUCCCUAAAAAGGAUGGAACAAUUAGGUUUUGCAUUGACUUCCGUUACCUCAAUUCAGUAUCAAAGUUUGAUUUCUAUCCAACUCCUCGUAUCGAUGAUUUGAUUGAGAAACUUGGUAAAGCAAAAUACCUCACCACAAUCGACCUUUCCAAAGGCUAUUGGUAAGUACCACUCUCCUCUAGGUCUAGAGAGAUGACAGCUUUUAGAAGACCAUGGGGCCUUUAUCACUUUAGAGUGAUGCCGUUUGGACUUCAUGGGGCUCCUGCCACAUUCCAGCGCCUAAUGGAUAAGGUACUUGAUGGGCUCUCACAUUUUGCCUCUGCAUAUCUGGAUGACAUCAUUGUUUACAGUAACUGUUGGGAUGAACACUUGCAACACCUAAAAGUGGUCUUUGAGUGUCUUCAGAAAGCAGGAUUAACAGUGAAUCCAGCAAAGUGUGCCAUUGCAAAGAGGGAGACGGAGUACCUGGGUUUUGUUAUUGGAGGAGGACUGGUGAAGCCACAAAUUCAAAAAAUUGAAGCCAUCCAGUCUUACCCCCUUCCACAGACAAGGAAACAACUUAAAUCCUUCUUGGAUAUGUCUGGUUGGUACCACAGAUUUAUUCCCAAUUACUCUGCCAGAGCUUCUCUUCUUACAGACAUGACCAGUCUUUGCGGCCCAAACGUUCUACGGUGGUCUGAUGAAGCUAAGUCGGCAUUUAAAGACAUUCAGCAGGCCCUAAGCCGAGAUCUUGUGCUCCAUUGGCCUGAUUUCCAGCAGGAGUUUGUUUUACAAACUGAUGCUUCAGAUAAAGGUCUUGGUGCUGUGUUGUUGCAGGGCCCCCCAAAUGACUGCCAUCCAAUCGCCUUCAUCAGCCGAAAGCUUUUUCCCAGAGAAACCCGUUAUUCCACUAUUGAGAAGGAAUGCCUGGCUAUAAAAUGGGCUCUGGAUUCACUUCGAUAUUAUCUUCUGGGAAGACAUUUUGUAAUGGAAACUGAUCACAAAGCCUUAAAAUGGCUGGAGAGGAUGAAGGACACCAAUAGUUGAAUAACUCGCUGGUACCUGGCAAUGCAACCCUACAAGUUUGAGGUGCAUUACAUCCCUGGCAAGCAGACUAUUACUGCUGACUACUUGUCCCGCUGUGUCGGUGAGCCUUCAGAGGAGGGGGAGUGUGUGGUGGAUGCUUCUACCACCACCACAAAGUGUUAGUAUUGUUUCAUUGUUUUACAUUUAUUAGUUUCAGAUGACACUAUACAUCAGUUUAAGUUAUUUUAUUUAGACAGAUAUUUUCUAAUGGGUGCACACUUUAAGAUUUGUCUGAAUGGUUUACUUAUACUUGUUUUUUUUAUCUUUGAGGUUCUGCAAAUGCAGACCAGCUGGAGGUGGAAGCCAGGAAGAUACCAUUAUUCCAAAAGACUGAGGGGGGGACUUAACUUCUUAACUUGUUAAAGUUGUUAGUUAUUUUGUCACUGUAGUAUUCACUUAUUUGUGUUAAGUUAAAGAUUAAUUUGUGUCAUUUCUGUUUGUUAAUUAGUUUGUAUGUAUUUUUCUCAUUUGUUGUUAUGUUGUGCCUUCCCCAUUUGAGUCUAGGUUAUUCCACCCCUAUUUAAGUAGUCUUUGUUUUUUGGUCUGGAGGUCAGUUUUGUUUGAGUUUUGUUGCUGUUCAAUUGACCUCAGCUGGGUUGGGCCCAAACUCAUGUCAUUUAUUAUCUGAGUUAUUUUUGUAUUGAAGUUUACCUUUUGUUAACUAUUUUUGACAGUAUUAAAUUGAAGUUUUUCAAAUUUUUGAA